CAAAAGAUUCGACUUAAUUUCUUUUAAGCUUUCGAAGUUCGUUCGUCCCAUUUUUAGACAACAAAAGAAACAAUAUAUGACUGAUGAUAACUUAAAUAAGAAUUAUGCAGCUUAUGAAAUUCUCCACCAGUUAUUCUAUGCACAAAAUUUCAAUGAAAAUAUAAUAGACAUCGUGAAUGCUAUGAUUCAUAAGACCUUCACUCAAUUCGUGAUACUAUACUUCUGCACACAGUCAUUUCCGCGCAAACUGAAUUUUUUUCUAUUCUACCUAUGAUAAGUUUAAAUAACUAAAACGUGUGUAAACUGUCCUAGAUUAAUAGCUCUCUCCUUCAGGACAUGAAAAUCGAAAUUUUCUCGAUGUUUUGUUUAUCAUUGAUACAUAUAUACUUUCAAGCAUCCUCUACACAUUGGAUGCAUUUUGAGAACUCCAUAAUAGCUUUAAAGUUGAAAAAUAAAUUAAAAAGAAUGUUACAUUUUUCUCUCCCGAUUUCUCCGACAUAGUAAAAAGUAAUGAGUUGAUACUUUUUUUUUUAAACAUAUACUAGAAACUAUUUGGCAUGGAUAGUUUUUGUUUCUAUGAUCUUUAUUUUAAUAUAUGAAUUAUUAUUAAACUGUUUGAUUUAAAUUAUUCUAAUUCUGUGAUUUUUGUUUUUUUCAUAAAUAAACUGUUAUAAUUUUGAAUUAUGUCGUUGCUUUUAUUUUUAGGCAUCGAACACACUUAGAAAAAACGCAUUGAAUUCAGUUCGAUAUGCUGAAUUUUGUCUUUCUAGUUGUCAUAAAGGUUCAAAUGAAUCGACGUGUAUUGGAAAAAAUCUUGUAUCUUUUCUUGGGAAUUAUACACCAUAUUUGCAAACAUUACGUAUUUGGCGACCAGAUGAUUUUCCUUGGACAUCAAUUCGACCAGAAUUUCGACCAGAAUGGCGUCGUCAAAAAUUGACUGAAAAAUGGUUAAAAUCUUUAACAACAUCUCAAUCAAUUGCUGAACAUGUUUUCAUAUUUGAAUAUGAUCUUUCUCAAUUAAUUCAACAAUUAAAACAAUUUACUUUUCUCAAUAUUAAUGGUCGAAUUGAUCGUCAAAAAAUCGAACCUUACCGUUCUAUGAUUCAAAGACGUUUUCCUAAUAGUCGAGUUGAUAUUCAAAUAAGAAGAUUUUGUCUUUGGUUUUGA